AUGGCGUCCGUUCCAACCCAAGUGCGACGAUUAGAAGUCUCGGCGUACCAGUCGAUCAUGAAAGCUUUAGCCGUGACCGGUUUGACCUGGGAAAGAGAAGAUUUAAUCGCCAAGUUACGCAUCGAGUUGAACGUCUCGAACGAAGAUCACAUGAAGGUGAGAGAAAACGUCGGAGGGGACGAGAACGUGAAACGGUUGAGAGAUGCGUUCGUUCAGUAUAAGCUGACGCCGCCGGAACCGCCGGCUGCGAAGCGACAAAAGACGCAAAAGAAGCAGCAGCAAUAUUAUCAGCAGCAAUAUCCGGGCGACGAGGACGACGACGAAGACGGGUACGCGCCGCCGCAACAACAGUACAGACAAGCGAGACCACCGAAAGAACCGAAACCGCCGUCGGCGAGAAUGCAGAAACAACUGGAGAAAGCGGCGGUUUUGGCAAAAAAUUUGGACGCGUUGGGAGUGAACGAGUAUAUUUGCCGAAGAGUGAAACGGUUUUGGCCGGCGGAAGGCGGGUGGUUCGAUUGUAUCGUGACGGAUUACAAAGAAGAAACGAAAGAACACUGCUUGACGUACGAUAUUAACACGGAAAACGAAUCCUUCGAGUGGGUGAAGAUUGAAGAGCUAGACGAUCGCGAGUUUCAAGUUGUGGACGCGCCUCCGGUGGAUAUUACGACCGGAGCGUUCAAGUUGAGAAGUAGACCGGAACCGCCAAAGUUACCGAAGCAAGUACAACAAGCGAUGCAACAAGGCGCACCGGCGGCGACUUUGGCAAAGCAAGCCGAGAAAGCGAGCGGGGUGGAGACGGUGAAUGCGAUUAAGGAUAACUUGGAUAUUGAAGAGGCGGCGUUGGCGGCGAAAUUGGCGGCGUUGGACGAGGAUUCGGACGACGACUCAGACGAUUCGGACGACGAAGGUGAGAAGAAAAAGAAGGAAGAAGAAGAGGCGAAAGAUGGAGAAGCUGGUGGUGAUGAUGCUAGUAUUGAUGCUAUUGUGGGAAAAGAAGAAGCGCCGGCGGGGGAAGGAGAGAAGAAUGUGGUUGAUGCGGAUGCGAAUGCGGAUGCGGGUGCGGAUGCGGGUGCGGCAGCUGCACCGGAAGUGGCUGCGCCGGAAGUGGUUGAGCCAACCGCGGAGGACGCAGAAAAAGAAGAAAUUUGA